CUUUUUCCAGUGUGAUUUGUGUUGUUGUGAAUGGCCGACGAUUCGGGUGUCACCGUUGCGCCGUCCUCCACGGUCAAGGUCGCCGUCCGCGUCCGCCCGUUCAACCAGCGCGAAAUCGACAAACGAUGCGAAUCGGUCGUCACUAUGGAGGGCAAUACCACGUCGCUCAAGUAUCCAAUGUCUACCAGUGACAAGGCUCGCGCGGGAACUUCAAAGACCUUCUCGUACGAUCACUGCUUCUGGUCGACCAAUUCCACAGACGCGCAUUUUGCGACACAAACACAAGUCUACAAAGCGCUUGGCGUUGAUGUGCUCGACAAUGCAUUCUCCGGCUACAAUGCAUGCAUAUUUGCGUACGGUCAGACAGGCUCCGGCAAGUCGUACACGAUGAUGGGCACGGCCGAAGAUCGCGGCGUCAUCCCUCGCUUGUGCCAGGAGCUGUUUGAGCGGAUACGUGCGCGUACGGCCAAGGACGCCAACACGUCCACCAAAGUGGAAGUCUCCUAUCUUGAAAUUUACAACGAACAAGUUCGCGAUCUGUUAAAUCCUAGUAUAACAAAGGACAAGCUCCGCGUGCGUGAGCAUCCCGUGCUUGGCCCGUAUGUCGAAAACCUUGCCCAACUUCCCGUCUCUGACUUUACGGGCAUCGAGCGCUUGAUGGAGGAAGGCAACAAGUCCCGUGCUGUAGCCUCCACAAACAUGAACGCAGAAAGUAGUCGAUCCCACGCAGUAUUUACGCUGCUGCUGACUCAAACUACCUUUGAUGACAUGACCAAGCUUUCUACUGAGAAGGUCAGCAAAAUCAGUCUCGUAGAUCUUGCUGGCUCUGAACGGGCUGGCAAGACGGGAGGCACCGGCGAUCGGUUGAAGGAGGCCGGCAACAUUAACAAGUCUCUCACGACGCUCGGCUUGGUCAUCUCUGGCCUCGCGGACGCCUCGUCGGGCAAGAAGAGUCACGUUCCGUAUCGCGAUUCCGUGCUCACCUGGCUGCUCAAGGACAAUCUUGGUGGCAACAGCAAGACUGUCAUGAUUGCUACCGUCAGUCCUGCCGAUGACAACCACGAAGAGUCGCUCAGCACCCUGCGCUACGCCGACCGUGCCAAGCGCAUCGAAAACCACGCCGUGGUCAACGAAGAUCCCAACGCCAAGAUUAUUCGCGAGCUCCGGGCUGAAGUUGCUCGUCUCAAAGCAAUGAUUCCUGACGGCGCAGCCGGUGCUGGUGCGGCCGCUGGAGGUGCUAGUGGUGCUGGUGCGGCGAGCAACGAAGAGCUGGAGCGCUUGCAAAGCCAGCUAUCCGAGAGCCAAGCCCUCAUCCAAGACUUGACGCGAACCUGGGAGGAAAAGCUCCAAAUGGCCAAUUCCGUCCACACCAAGCGCCACCAAGCGUUGGAGGAGAUGGGCAUUUCCGUCGGCGCUGGCGGCAUUAGUGUCGACCACACCCUGCCCUACCUGGUCAACCUGAGCGAGGACUCUGCAGUGAACGAGUUUUUAGUCUACUACCUGCGACGUGGCGAAACUCGCGUUGGCCGUCCGGCUCCUACUGGCGAAGCCGGCCAAGCACCUGUGACACCUGUGACUGGGCACAGCGACAUUCAGCUAAGUGGUCCUGGUGUGCUGCAAGAGCACUGCAUCAUUCACAGCGGUGUUGCUGCCUCUGAGAGUGGAGCUUCCUCCGAUGCCGUGUUUUUGACUCCGAUCGCCGGGGCCAGUGUCAAAGUGAAUGGACGACCAUGCGUUGAUCGCAUCGAGCUGCGUCAUGGCGAUCGACUGCUCAUUGGCGCGACUCAUCUCUUCCGUUUCAACUGCGCAAAGCUCGUGGCCAAGAAAAACACAACCAAUGAUGCUGACGCGAGUGAGCCUCAGUUUGAGCCAAACCCGGCUCUGCCCGCUGCGUCCGACGUGUCCAAAAUGGACUGGGCAUACGCUCAGAAGGAACUUGCGCUUCAAGAGGCGGGUAUCAUGAUGGAGUCGAUUUUGCGCUCCGCCCUUGGCGAUGCUGAAGAGACGGCUGGUGGUGCUGCGACGGAUGCUGGCGCGACCCCCGAAACAUCCGCCACCUCCAUUCAGGGCGCCAUCCAAACGCUCAAAUCCAAGUACUCGCAAGAGAAGGAAUCGGCUCUGGCCGAACAGCGCCUCAAGUACGAGGAGCAGCUCCAGUUGCUCAUGCAGCAGCAACUGCAGCUCCAACAGCAGCAGGCCGAAACAGAAGCCUCGCUUCGCAAGCAAAAGGAGGAGGCCGAGCUCGAGGCCAAGCAAGCGCUUGAGGACGAGCGUCGCCGGCUGGCCGAGCAGCAGGUUGCCUUGCAGGCUCAACUCGAGCGCGCCCAAAAGCAACAGCAAGAGGCGGAGGCUGUGGCCGUCCAGGAGGCCGCCGCUUCUUCAACCCUGAACCUCCCCCAGCAGUCCAAACCGCGGAGCGGCACCGUGCGUCGCAAUGUUGAGCUGGAGCGGAUUGCCGACCAGGCGGUGGAGGCCACCAUUCUGGUGCGCGAAGCAAAUGCCAUGAGCAGCGAGCUCGGCAAGGACGUGAACUUUAGCAUCAAGCUGCAACUGGCGCGUUCGAGCCUGUCUCCGACGUGCAUCACCUCCUCGGCCAAUGGCGUCUCGCCCGACGAUCAACGCCGGUCGGAGGUGGUUGUUCGUGCAACGCUUGCAGGCGGGCGUCAGCACGUGCUGCCCUUGGAGGCCUUCCGCAAGCGGAUUGAGCUCAUGCGUGAUGUCUACCAAUCUGCUCGCAGCACGUCUGACAGCAACCGUGCCUCUGCGUCGUCCAUCUCGAUUGGCAGCGACAGCGGCGCAAAAGCGGACGAAGGAAACGACCCGUUCCUCGAGCCGCCGGGCUACUGUCUCAUCGGCGUCGCCAGCAUGCAACUCGCGUGUCUCGCGCAUACGGCUGCGUUCGAGUACGAUGCGCCAGUGAUUGAUCAACACGGCAAGAUUCGCGGCAAGCUGAAGCUCGAGCUCGAACGCCUACCUCUUCUUCCUGCGGCCUCUCCGGUUUCCAGUGAUCCUUCUUCGCCCACAUCUCCGAUGCAGCAACAGCGCAACAAGUCCAAGAAUCGUUGGAGCGCCAGUUUUAUCACGCGAGACUCGAUGCAGAGCGACUCAUUGUUGUAUGUGCACGGCUCGCCAUCCAGCAGCCAACUGAGUUCGCCUCGUGCCAGCACCGUUCUGAGCGAGAAGGACGACGGCGUGUUUGAUUUGGACGCCCACGCAGCCAACCCGACUCCGCGCCAGCAGCAGCAGCAGCAGCCGCCGACCGCACGGCAGUCUGCGCGCUUGUCAUCGACCUUGCCGACCAGCAUUGCGACUCCCCCGCCUGCUGCCCUGCCCUCCAAUUCCUCGGCAGCGUUGGCCCCUCCUGUAGUUGAGGCUCCUACCGCCAGUGGGAGCAUCCCAAUCCGACAGCGCACGCCGUCCGGUCUCCCAACAGACGGAGGUCUGGUUGUUGGGUCGACGGCGUCCAUCCGCAUUCGCGUCCACUCUGCUUCCGGUUUGCCUGUUGACUUGUGCAACCACACGUACUGCCGCUACGACUUUCUGUCGACGGAUGUCAUUUUGCCAGAGAUGAUUCCGCUCGACUCGAGCAUUUCCCUUGUUCAAGGAAGCACCGUGUUUGACCACGAGAACAUUCUGAGCAUUCCCGUCACGGACAACUUUGUCAAGCAAAUCGAGACUGCGUGCCUGGCCGUGGAAAUCUGGGGUCACCACCGCGCCGUGGCUUCGAAUGCGGCGCCCCAAAUCUCCAGCGAACUCCGUUCCGUCGAGGACUCGUCGCCCUUGGGCCUAAAGUCCUUCCGUCGACAGUCCCAGGCCGUGCAAGCCAGCAAACCAUCGUCGGUGCUGGGCCAACGUGUCGCCGGAUGGUCGGACUUGGUGGUGGAGCUCAAACUCUGGGUCGACCUGCUCGAGCUUGGAAGCAAGGGCGAGUGGGUGUCUGUCGAGUCCCAAGACAAGGUGGAUGUCGCCACUGGCGGCAUCUUCCAACUCAAACAAGGCUACGCGCGCCGCAUUGCUGUCACUGUAUCGCACGCUCCGGCUCCCGAGUUGGCCAUCGAGUCCAUUGUCAGCUUGCACCUGGGCGCUCUCGAACUGCGGACCAAGAACGACGCUCUCGUCAACACGUUCGAUGCCCAGGACGCGGCUGCGGGUCUCGAAAAGCGCACAGUCGUGAUGGAAAAGCGCCGCGUGCAGCUCGAUGAAGAGAUUCACAAGCUUCUCGAGAAGACUGACAAGACAGAGCAGGACAAGCGUACGGAAGCGGCCCUCAUCAACGAGUGGAUGGCCCUGUUGAAGGCUCGAGAUGAAGUUGUGACGCACUCUGUGGAGGCUGGUUCGCGCUCGGAUUCCCCCAGCCUUCUCGACGAGAAAAAUCUGGAGACGGUCGUUCCCACCAUCUACUUUAACAUGCAGCCGGCCUCUGCACAAUCCAGCAACGCGGCUGGCGCGUCACCUGCUCCCGCACCGGCACUUUUGCCGGGACUUUCCGCACCAGUCAUCGGAGCCACCUUGUCCGACGAUGCCAUCCAGCUGCAGUUCAUCCCGUCGGCGCGGUCCACCGCUGUCGUGAUGGCGCCCAACCCGCAUGUUCCCGUGUCGCCCAGCAAAACCCCAACUCGACCACUCACCAGCACGUCGUCGUCCAGCUUCCACACUGCUGCGGAGCUGCCUCACGACGCGUCUUCCGUGACGGCGUCCGUGUCGACAGAGUCGUCGUCUUCAGCAUCGCAAGCCAACACCUACAAGUCGGUGGCGUCGUGGGACUCAUCCCUGCACGACUCUGAGGUGCUCAACCGCGUGACGGAGGCCGGCGAGCGUGUGUUUGCCACCGUCUUUGUUGGCAUCAAAUUUGUCAACUUCCCGCAGAUUGUGCUCCUUCGCAAGCGCAUCUGCUUCAAAGUGUACGCGAAAAAGGCGUACGGCACCAUGCUGCGCUCGCUCGUCAGCUCUCCCAACAAGGGCAAGCGUGCGAAAGAAAACGGCUGUGGCAUCUUGUACCACAUCAUUGCUCAGUCUCCCGAGUCUGCCUCCAGCCCUGUGAGCGACAGCAUCGACGACGGAACGCUGAGCCAGUACCGACGCGAGCUUGCUGCGGUGGACCACAUCCUCAAGCUCGAAAAGAUGCGCCAAGAGCUGGCACUUCAGGAGCUUCUCGCUCGGAUGCGACUCUGAAGUUGGCUGUUUUUGUUGUUUGAUUUUCUUUUGUUGUGUUCUUGGGUCGUUGCUUUCUUUUUUGUUUUUUUUUCUCGCUUAUCUUUUGAUUAUUUUCGUGCUUGAUUAUUGCCGAUUUUCCCGUCCUUCAUGCAAGCGAGAGCGAAGAGAGCGAGUGCGCGUUUUGCUUUCGAAUUGCACUUGCUCCAUCUCACCCCCACCCCCUCUCCCUUCCCCCGCUCUGCUCCUUUUGUG